UUAAUGGGUACUCUUUAUUUAUUUUUAUCUGUAUAGAUGGAUUUCUGGUUUUGGAAUAAAAUCCAACCCCUCUUGGAUAUUGUUGUUUCCCCAUGGAAGCCUCACCAUCCAACAUUGGUAAGAGUAAUAAAUUGUCAAAGGCGAAGAAAGUUUCAAAUACAAACGAGUUUAGUCUUGGAAAUAGUCCAUUUGUCUGUGGGUGGUGGGGUUCUUUGUUAAGUAGUAGUUGCUGCUCUUUCCCUUCGUAUUACUACUAUUUCUUUACAUUUUUCUUUUGGACUUCCUCUUCUUUCCCCGUUGCUUCACAACCUUUAGCCACUCCACCGACGGCAGUACCACCCCUUUAUAAUCAGAAAUACAACAGAGUUAUAAUUUCAACUAGUGCUACUUUGGGUAUUUUGCUCUUUGUUUUCUUUUGUGUCAUGGCUUUAUUCAAGUGCUUAGGGUUCAAGUUAAAGCGACGGAGCGUAGUUCUUGAUUCUAAGGUUGCAGGGGAUGAAGAGGAAAAUAAGGACUGCUUAAAAAAGUUUGGUGUGAGGAGAUUUACGUGUGAUGAGGUGGAGAAAUUUACUAUGAAUUUGUCACGGUCUAGGUUAAUUGCUUAUGGGGGAUUUAGCACAGUUUAUUUAGCACAAUUUCCUGAUUCACUGCUUGGGGCUGUUAAAAUAAUAGACCUAAGCAGUGAACGUUUUCAGAAAGUUUACAAGCAAGAAUUGGAUAUUUUGCUUCAAAUCCAACACGAAAACAUAGUCAAAUUUCUUGGUUACUGUGAUAAUGGAGAAGAAGGGAUGUUGGUAUUUGAGUAUGUUUCAAAUGGGACUUUACAGGAGAAGUUACACGGUAUUGAUGCUAGAAAAAUGUCAUGGAAAAAUCGUAUAGCUAUAGCAUUUCAACUUGCUAAAGCUAUUGAAUAUUUACAUGAUAAGUGUACACUCCCUAUAGUACAUGGUGAUAUAAAAGCUUCAAAUGUGUUACUUGACAAGAAAUUCAAUUGCAAGUUAUGUGAUUUUGGGUCAGCAAAAAUGGGAUUUUCUUCAACAAUUUUGCCACCAAAUUCGUCGACGAAUCGUAUGAUGCUUGGUUCUCCAGGUUAUACAGAUCCUCACUAUUUAAGAACUGGCAUUGCCUCAAAAAAGAAUGAUAUAUACAGCUUUGGUAUAAUUAUUUUGGAAUUAAUAUCUGGGUUUGAAGCACUUUCCUCUGAUAGUGGAGAAAGGCUAAUAUCAAAAGCUGGUAAUAUAUUAAGGGAUGCAACUAAGGUAGCAGAAAUGGUGGAUUCAAGACUUAACGGAGCUUAUGAUUUAGAAGAAGCUAAGUCUAUGGUUUCACUAGCAGGAUUAUGCCUAGGUGAUUCACCAAGCCUUAGGCCCUCUGCUUCUGAAAUUUUAGACACUAUUACAAGUAGAAUUUCUUCAAUUUCAUUUCAGUUUUCUCCUGAUCAAAAAAUUUGACUGAUUAUUAUUAUCCUUAAAAGAGUGAAUAACAAGUGUCUCUGAGUGAUGAGUUGAGUUCUGUAAAUUAAUUUGUAUAGGGUUCUGUUCUGCUGUGUUUGUUUGAAAGAGAGGUUAUACUUAGUACUGUAGGCAAUGAAUUCAGUUUGAGCAAUUCCAUGCUUAAAUUUGAAAUUUGAAUGCAUAGUUUUCACAAAUUCUCAGGAA